AUGGGCUUUGUGGAUCCUAGGGCGACCGCGCCCAACGUGGAACCGUUGCAACAGCCCAACCUACCUCCAAGUCUCAUCCAGGAUUGGAUUGACUUCUGCAGGCUUCGCCAACUUUCCCUGCAAGGAAGGCCACUCACCCAAGCUCCAGCACAGCCUGACUAUUUUGCUCCAUCCUACACUCAAUCUGCCUCCCCAGUAGAUUCGGAUGCAGAAGAAUUCGAGGCCCUAGCCUCUGUAGCUAUCUCUGAAGGGGUAUCAGAACCCUCCCCAGAUGAGCUUGUGGGAGACACUGAAGCCAUCUCCCCCUCGGAAGACCUUCACCUUAGAAGCAAGCAGAUGAUUCAUAUGGCUGAGGCUCUUGAGCUCAAUAUUACAACCUCCGACAAUAGGCCCAAGGACAGGAUUUUAAGCCGCCUCUACUUAGAUGCCCCUGGCAUCGUAGCUUUUCCUGUGCUCGAGGGCCUUACUGAAAUAAGCCAGUCGGUAUGGAAGAAACCUGCCUCUACCCCAGCCUCCUCCAAAAAGAUCGAAAACCUGUACACACCGUCAGCGUACACGAUGCUUCUGGUUCUGCUCUUCGUCUGCGUGUGCUGGCACAACACGCCGGGCAACGCCGAGGUGGUGGCCUCUUUUGAGGAAACGUGCCCCCAGUUUUUCUUCAGGGAAACCCCUCCGAAGAUCGGGCUCCAGCCCACGCAAACAGCACAGAUCUGCCAACGUUACAAAAACCAGUACCGGUAUGCCACGAUGUAUGACAGAGGACACCGCAUCCCCGUCUACUCAGCCUACAUCUACAACCCUGGGAAGGCAAAGAGGCCCAGUAAUUGGAUGGUGGAGCCCCAGCUUGUCAAUUUAUCGUUGCCACCCGAAAUGACUUCGGAAGGGGCCCUCCUGCAAAAAUCCCGCGCCACGGAAGCAGAGCUGUGGGAAAGUCAGGCCGUCCUGCAAGACUACAAGAACCUGGCCGAUUACAACCGGGGCCACCUGAACCCGAACAGUCACCAGCCUGACCUGGACGCCAAGAAGUCCACCUUCACCUUGACCAACAUCGUGCCGCAAUACAUCAAGCUCAACGGCGGCUCCUGGAACAACUACGAGCAACAGACGAUGGCGAGCAACACCCAAGGGUGUAAGGAAACCUUCGCCGUGGUGGGCGCGGUGCCAGGGAACAACUACAUAGCCGGCGGGCGGGUCAACAAACCCAGCCACGUCUGGUCCACAGCCUGCUGUUUCAUAGACAACAACCACAUGAGGUCCUGGGCGAUCAUUGCCCCCAACGAUAAGGACGUGGUGGAACAUCUCACCCUGGGGCAGCUGGAGGAGAAACUCGCCGAGCUGUAUCAUCUGAAUGGCGUCUCCCUGUUUCACAGCGACUGUCCCCGAGAAUAA